CAGCUGUAUGAAAGCCUCCUCUCGCCCACACGCGGCUUUUCCCCGUGACUGAUGCUCGCCUCGGAUUUGAUCUGACGGAGGCAAAACAAACAUUUCCUCUCGCCGUAUUUUAGUCUCUAAUGAAAGCUCAGAACCUCUGCUUGCUGCUCGCUUUGUUUCGACUGUGACAAACUAUUUUACUGCUCCAGUUUCGCCCCAAAUGUGAGAGAAGAAAACACACGCGCGAGCGGCUCGUGGACGCGCACAGACGCGGAGCGGGCAGGUUGAGUCUACGAGGUUCUCAUGUGUUGUUUAAGAGCGCAGCGCCGCGCGAGCGCUAUUCAUUGCUGAAAGCAGACAGCGUUUGAGAGACUCGAUCCGAUCAGAGAGAGAUGGCAGAAACCGCCCCAGCCCCAGCUGCUGCCGCCCCGGCCAAAGCGCCCAAGAAGAAGUCCGCUGCGAAAGCCAAGAAAGCAGGUCCAGGCGUCGGUGAGCUCAUCGUCAAAACUGUGAGCGCGUCCAAGGAGAGGAGCGGCGUGUCCCUCGCCGCCCUGAAGAAAGCUCUCGCUGCCAGCGGCUACGACGUGGAGAAGAACAACUCCCGCGUCAAGAUCGCCAUCAAGAGCCUGGUGACUAAAGGCACCCUGGUGCAGGUCAAAGGGACCGGCGCCUCGGGCUCAUUCAAGCUCAACAAGCAGCAAGCCGAGACCAAGAAGAAGCCGGCCAAGAAAGCGGCUCCUAAAGCCAAGAAGCCCGCGGCCAAGAAACCCGCUGCGGCCAAGAAGCCCAAGAGCGCCGCGGCAAAGAAGCCCGCCGCUAAGAAAUCGCCCAAGAAGGCCAAGAAACCCGCCGCCACAGCCGCUAAGAAGGCCACGAAGAGCCCCAAGAAGGCGAAGAAGCCAGCAGCCGCUAAGAAAGCAGCCAAGAGCCCCAAAAAGGCCAAGGCGGCUAAACCUAAGGCGGCAAAGCCUAAAGCCGCCAAGCCUAAAAAGGCAGCUCCCAAAAAGAAGUAAAAAUCUAGUUUGUUCCUCAACGGCUCUUUUAAGAGCCACUAACUCUGAGUAAAGAGCAAAACUCCUGUAUUUAACUCUCUAUGGUAAGUGUUGUUGCCUCCAGGAAACAUGGUCUAUUUAAGUUUGUUUUCAAUAAAAUAAGCCACCAAUUGAUUGAUCAAAUGUAUCUCAGGACAGAAUAACUCAAAUAUUAAUCAAUAAAAGUGCAAAACAUGACCAACAGAGGUCCAUUUUGUGCCCUGUUUCAGCACAUGUCACAUGACUAUAUUUUCUCCAUUGAAAAGUUUUUUUUUUUCAGUUUGUA